AUGUCUUCAGCCAGUCUUUCUACUCUGAGCGUGGUUCCCUCUGAGCCAUUGUUGUCACCAAAGGCAUUCCCUUUCCCAUCACACUUGUCUUUGGAAGAUAAAUCCAUUUUCGUAUAUCUCUCCUUUUCGGGUUCAUUGACUCCAGUCCGUGUUAUGGAGUGGGAUACCAUUGAGUCUGUGAAAUUCAAAAUCCAAAGUGAUUCUCUGCUGAAGGACUAUGGAGUAACCGGUGGAAAUGUUUUGCAUUUGAUAAUCAAACUGUCGGAUCUUCAGGUCAUCAAUGUGAAAACUUCUUGUGGGAAGGAGUUCACGUUUCAGGUUGAAAGAGGUCGGGAUGUUGGGUACGUAAAACGGCGGAUUGCCAAAAGAGAGAAACAGUUUGAUGAUCCCGAGGAGCAGGAGCUUGUGUGCAACGGGGAAAGGCUUGAUGACGGGAGGCUUAUUGAUGAUAUCUGCUGCAAGCAUAAUGAUGCUGUGGUACAUCUGUUCAUGAGAAAAAAGCAUGUUAAAGUUCAGAGGGGACCCCUUGAGUUGUCCAUUGUAGCAACAGAUUUGAUUGAUAAGAAAAAAAAUGAUGUCAAUGGAAGGACAUGUAGGAGAAAUUAUGAUGUUGGUAAAGAAGAUACUGUCAGAGAGUCUGGUGCCACUCAAAGAACUGUGCCGAGAAAGCCUCCUGACAGAGGUUUUAUUUUGGAGCCAGUUAUUAUUAACCCUAAAAUUGAAUGUGCUCCAGCUAUAUGGAAUAUGGUGAACUCUACAUAUGAUGGGCUUGACAGUGGAAAAUAUCCAAUCAGAUCUGCAGAGGGUAGUGGAGGAGCUUACUUUAUGCUUGAUUCAGCGGGGCAAAAGUAUAUGUCCGUUUUCAAGCCUAUUGAUGAAGAGCCAAUGGCUGUGAAUAACCCUCGUGGCCUUCCGUUGUCGUUAAAUGGUGAAGGCUUAAAAAAGGGUACAAGAGUUGGUCAAGGUGCAUUCAGGGAAGUUGCAGCCUAUGUUCUAGAUCAUCCAUUGAGUAGGCGGCGCAAAUUAUUUGGUGAUGAGAGGGGCUUUGCAGGUGUUCCUCCAACGUUGAUGGUUAAAUGCUUGCAUAAAGCAUUUAACUAUCCUAAAGAAUUGAUUCCUAAGAUUGGCUCCUUGCAAAUGUUCAUAGAAAAUAAUGGAAGCUGUGAAGAUAUGGGCCCUGGGGCUUUCCCAGUAAAGGAGGUACAUAAAAUUACUGUUUUGGACAUAAGACUGGCAAAUGCAGAUAGGCAUGCUGGGAAUAUUUUGAUCAGGAAAGAGGAAGACAACAACCAGUCUGUUCUGAUUCCAAUUGAUCACGGAUACUGCUUGCCUACGACCUUUGAAGAUUGUACCUUUGAGUGGCUUUACUGGCCCCAAGCUCGCCAGCCAUACUCCCCAGAAUCUAUUGAGUACAUAAAGUCACUGGAUGCUGAAGAAGAUAUUACCCUUUUGAAGUUUCAUGGAUGGGAUCUGCCAGUUGAAUGUGCUCGCACUCUUAGGAUCUCAACCAUGCUUUUGAAGAAAGGGGUAGAGAGAGGGUUGACUCCCUUUGCCAUUGGAAGCAUGAUGUGCAGGGAAUCCUUGAACAAGGAAUCUGUGAUUGAAGAAAUAGUACAAGCAGCUCUGGAUUCUGUUCUUCCUGGCACAAGUGAAGUUACAUUGCUGGAUGCUGUUUCCCAAAUCAUGGAUCUGCACCUCGAUGAGAUUGUCAGAUCUCGUUUAUAA